AGAGCUUCUAAGAUCAGAUUGAUCCUAAUCCGCUUCAGCUUUUCGUUCUCUCUCUCUCUGCGCAACGGACGAAGCUGAUUAGGGUUGGGGUUUCGAUCUCUGAUGGCGAAGCUUGAGCAUACUGAUGAAAUCAGCGGCAUUUGUAUCAACGAAGUCCUCACAGACGAUGAACUACGAUCGAUUCUGUCCAAGUUACAGGACGAUAAGGAUAAGGAGUGUUUCGGAUUGGUCUGUAAGAAAUGGCUUCAUUUACAGAGUACGGAGAGGAGGAAGGUCUGUGCUCGUGCGGGUCCCUUGAUGCUUCAGAAAAUGGCGACUAGGUUCACUCGUCUUGUCGAAUUAGAUCUCUCGCAGUCUGUCUCUCGGUCGUUCUAUCCGGGAGUAACUGAUUCUGAUCUCGCCGUUGUCGCUGCUGGUUUUAGUUGCUUGCAGGUUUUAAGUCUACGGAACUGUAAAGGUAUUACAGAUGCUGGAAUGGUGGCACUCGGAAAUGGCCUUUCCUGUUUACAAUCAUUGGAUGUCUCGUAUUGCAGAAAGUUGACAGACACUGGACUGACAGCCAUUGCUGAGGGCUGUGGCAGCUUGAGAAGUUUGCAUCUUAUGGGUUGUAGAUACAUUACUGAUGGACUAUUAACAGCCCUUUCCAAGAAUUGUCAUAAGCUAGAAGAGUUGGGACUAGAAGGAUGCACCAACAUAACUGACUCAGGUCUCACAAGCCUAGUUGAUGGUUGUCAUCAUAUCAAGGUUUUAGACGUCAACAAAUGCAGCAACGUUGGAGAUAUUGGGGUUACUAGUGUAUCCAAAGCUUGUUCUUCUCUGAGGACUUUAAAGUUGCUGGAUUGCUACGAAGUUGGAGAUGAUUCUAUAUUUUCCUUGACUCAGUGCUGCAAGAAUCUUGAGACUCUUGUUGUUGGGGGCUGUAGGAACAUUACCAAUGAAUCUAUUAAGAGCCUUGCAUCUGCUUAUUGUGGUAAUCUGAAGAACUUGCGGAUGGAUUGGUGUCUGAAUCUUUCUGAUUCUUCCCUGAGCAGUGUACUCUCCCAAUGUAAAAAUCUAGAGGCCCUUGAUAUUGGGUGCUGUGAGAAGGUGUCAGAUACAGCUUUUCAGGUGUUGGGGAGUGGGGGUCAGGACAUGUCUUUGAAAAUUUUGAAGAUCAGUAACUGUCCGAAAAUUACUGUUUUGGGGAUAAGUAUGCUUUUAGAGUCAUGCAAAAUGCUGGAGUAUCUUGAUGUGAGGUCUUGCCCACUUGUUACAAAGGUGGUUUGUGAGCAGGCUGGGUUGAGGUUUCCGGAAUGCUGUAAAGUGAAUUUCACAGGGAGCUUAUCUGAGCCAGACGUGGUUAUUUGAAAAUGGGAUUCCAGUGGUUCACUAAGAAGUGAAUUCAUCCUAAACAGGAUCUGCUAGUUUUUG